UUCUGUAGAUAUCAAUCUAAAUUUCAUGGUGGACCACAUGAGAUACUGUUCCACCUAGAAUUCGCCUGCAAACAAAUACUAAUAAUAACAUAGUCUUUCUCAGUCUUUGUCGGUAUCUUCCAAAAAAUAUAUAUAUAUAGUCUUCGUCGGUCGUCUUAGAAAAAUGCACAACAUUGAUAUUCUGUCCCAAUGCUCUGUCUCUAAAUCUGUAAUGUGAGUCAUUAACUCGAAGUCUCGAUACUCUGCUUGCACUGCUACUACAAUCCAAACAUGGUAAAUCAUGUUGGUGUGUCUAAGACCAAGUGUACGUACGACGUUUUCCUUAAUUUUAGAGGUGAAGAUGUCCGUCGCACAUUCAUUUGUCAUCUCUAUCAAGCUUUGGAUCGGAAGGGAAUUGCCACCUUCAUGGACAAUAAGGAGCUCAAGUAUGGAGAUGAACUUAGCCCUACGCUUCUUAAAGCCAUCGAAGAAUCAAGGAUCUCCAUUGUUGUUUUCUCUAAAAAUUAUGCGGCCUCUUCAUGGUGCCUUGAUGAACUUGUUAAGAUCCAUGAGUGUAUCAAGUCAAAGAAGCAGCAGGUUUGGCCAAUCUUCUACAAAAUGGAUCCCGCGAAUGUGAGGCAUCAGAAAGGAAGUUAUGGUCAGGCCAUGACUAAGCAUGAAACAAGGCACGGAAAAGACCCGGAGAAGCUGCACAAAUGGAGAUUGGCCUUGACUUACGUAGCCAACUUAAAAGGACAACAUUUGACACAAGGGACAAAUGAAGCCAAUUUUAUUGAGGAUCUUGUAAGCAAGAUUUUCAAUAAAGUAUCUCCUAAAGAUUUAUCUAGAUAUGAACAUAUAGUUGGGCGGAAGUAUCUAGUUGAAGAAUUGAAGUUACUUCUAGAUCUUGAGUCUCAUAAUAUCACUUGCCUACUAGGGAUUUAUGGAACAGGUGGAAUUGGCAAAACCACACUUGCCAAAGCUCUGUAUGACUCCAUUUACAAGCAAUUUGAGGGUUCAAGUUUUCUUUCCAAUGUCAGAGAAAAGUCAAAACAAAUUAAGGGCUUAGAAUUAUUGCAAAAAAGUCUUUUGUCAGAUAUACUUGAGGUAGAGGAAAGCAAAAUCCAAGUGAAAAAUAUUGAAGAAGGAAUUAUAACAAUAAAAAGUAGACUUGAUUUUAAAAGAGUUCUUAUAAUUCUUGAUGAUGUUGAUGACAUUAAACAGAUGUAUAGUUUGGCAAGAGAACACGAUUGGUUUGGUCUUGGGAGCAGAAUCAUCAUAACCACGAGAGAUCAACAUUUGCUAGAUGUUGGCAGGAUCAAAAAGAAAUAUGAAGUGAAAGUGCUAAACCAUCCAGAGUCUCUGGAGCUCUUUUGUCAAAGCGUCUUUAGAAAAAAUUAUCCUAAAUCAAACUAUAAAGAUCUGUCCCACCGCGCAAUUCGUUGUUGCAAAGGCCUUCCAUUGGCCUUAAAAGUAUUAGGUUGUCAUUUGGUUGGAAAAGAUUUGAGUGGAUGGAAUGAUGCAUUGGACAAAUAUGAAAAAAGUCCACAUGAAGAUGUUCAAAAAGUUCUUAGAAUAAGCUAUGAUAGCCUGUCCUUAAAUGAAAAGGAUAUUUUCCUUGACAUUGUAUGCUUCUUCAAUGGGUGGAAAUUGAAACAAGCAAAAGAAGUACUAGAUGCGUGUGAUUUCAACUCAGGAGAUGGUAUUACAACAUUAGUUAAUAAAUCUCUUUUAACUAUUGACAACAAAUACUUGCAUAUGCAUGACCUAAUACAGGCCAUGGGUAAAUACAUUGUUAAAGAGGAAGCAUGGAAUGAAUUUGGUGAACGUAGCAGAUUAUGGCAUCAUGAAGAUGUUCUUCAAGUAUUAGCUGAUAAUAAUGGAAGUGGCAAAAUUCAAGGCAUAAUCCUGGAUCCCCCUCAAAGUGAAGAAGUUAAUUGUACUCCUACUGUAUUUAAGAAGAUGGGAAAUCUUAGAAUCCUAAUUGUUCGUAAUACAAAGUUUUUAUGCAAGCGUUGUUAUCUCCCAAAUAACUUAAAGCUACUUUACUGGGAGAAUUAUCCUUCUCCAUCUUUCCCAUCAGAUUUUUAUCCCAGGAAAAUUGUGACCUUCCAUUUAUGUGAAAGUCCUUCACUUGUACUAAAAAAGCCAUUUAAGAAAUUUGAGCAUUUGACUUGCAUUUGUAUCUCCUCUUGUUGUAAGGUUACUGAAUUUCCUGAUGUGUCUGGAGCCAUGAAUUUAAGAGAGUUGAGACUUGAUAGAUGCGAGAACCUGGUUAGUAUACAUGAAUCAGUUGGAUAUCUUACAAACCUUGUUUCCAUACAGGUUUUAGGAUGCACUAAACUCCAAAGUUUUGUGCCAACAAUCUAUUUGCCAUCUCUCGAAAACCUUUGCUUUAGCUUGUGUACAAAACUCACUUACUUCCCAGAGAUCAGGGAGAUGAUGGAUAAGCCUUUAAAGAUUAUAAUGAUGGAUACAUCAAUUACGGAUCUUCCAGAAUCCGUUGAGAAACUUAUUGGGCUUAAACUUAUUGACAUGACAGGUUGUAAGGAACUGCGACAUUUACCAAGUAGCUUAUUUAUGUUGCCAAAUUUUGUUACAUUAAAAAUUGGAAAAUGUCAUGGACUUCGAGAGUCAUUUAGAAGGUUUCAAGGAAGCCAUUCAACAUGCCCAAAACUAGAGACAUUAGAUUUCUGCGAUGCUGAUCUAUCAGAAAGAGAUCUUUCAACGAUUAUUUACAAUUUUCCAAACUUGAAAGAUUUAAUUGUUUCGCAGAACAAUUUUGUGUCUCUCCCAGCAGAUAUUAUAAAAUCUACUAAAUUGGCAAGUCUUGACGUGAGUAGUUGUGAGAAGCUUGAAGAAAUUUCAGAACUUCCAUCAAGUAUUGAGAAAGUAGAUGCAAGAGAAUGUAAUUCCUUAACUUGGGAGACAUCAAACAUGUUAUGGUCUCAGGUGCGUAAAGAGAUGAAGAGAUUACAUGUGGUGAUGCCAAAUCCAAAAAGAGAGAUUCCAGAAUGGUUUGACUAUGUUAAGGAGGGAGGGUAUCCGGUCUUCGAGGUUCGUGGGAAGUUCCCUGCAGUUGCUUUAGCGUUUGUGUUCGGGGAAGUGGUUGCCAAUGUUAACCGACUAUUGUCAUCUGUUCACAUGCACUUGAUCAUUGAUGGUGAACGCAAAGGGUACCGUAAGUUCUCUGUGAAUGAGAAUCAUGUGUUGUUGUACGACCUACCAAAUUUGUUCGGUUUGGAGGAGCGGGAUGUAGGUAAUGAUUGGAAGACCAUAAUGAUUUGUUGCAAAACAAACUUGAGUCUAUGUUCAUGGGGAGUUUAUGCGUACAACCAGGGUAUCCGGUUCCCGGGUCAAGAUCAGGUUCGGAGUGAGGAGGAGAAAGUAAGAAAUAAGAAACGAAGUUCGAAUAUUCUAGAUAUUAAUAGGGUGCUUUGUGUGAUGAUGACAUCUCUAGAUGAAUUGGGGUAUUCUACAGAUAAGUCAGCUGAAACCAGCCAAAUGUUGCUGCGAGUCUUGCAGAAAGAGUUGAGGGCUUCAAGAGAGGAGGAAGGGUUGAACGUUGAGGACAAGGAGGUCAAUUUUGUGGCCAAGUUUAUGGAAAUGGUGUUCUCGGCAAAUUAUUGGGAGUCAGUCAACCCGUUUUUGGCUCCAACAUCUAUGAGGAUUUUGAAGGUAGUCUCUCGUAACUCACCUAAACCAUUAUUCACUGUCAUGUUAUGUUUGGUUUGCCACAUCAGUUUAUUCCAAAUAUUAGAUGAAAUUAGGAUAGCGAAACCUGAUUGUAAACCUGAUAACUAGAGGGACCCAAUUGACAUAAUUGAAAACUAAAGAAUAAAAAUUGUACAAUCUUAUUAUCCUUUUUAUUAUGCAUUUGCUAUUUCAAUUAUUUUUACAUUUAUUAAAUAUAAUAAUUUAAUAUAAUUUUAAUAUCUCUAAAAUAAAUUAUGUACAAUUCUUACCCGUGUGUUACAAGGGUCAAUACCUAGGUAGAGGUUAAUUACCUCAUCAUCAUAAAAUAAUAUUUUUCUCGGUGUAUUAAUAUGUCGUAACCAAAUAAUAAUAACAAAGUCUUUCCCGACCGUCUUAAAAAAAUACACAGCAUUCACAGAUAGUCGCAACAUACACUGUGUUUAUUGUGCUACUACAAUGCACUUAUGGCCAACCAUUGCGCAAUGUCUGAGACCAAGUGCACGUAUGACUUUUUCCUUAGCUAUAGGGGUGAUGUCAGAAGGGAAUUAUCACCUUUAUGGAGGACGAGGAACUGAAGCUUGAAGAUCAAACUGGUCCUACUCUUCUUAAAGCCAUUGAAGAAUCAAGGAUUUCAGUUGUUGUUUUGUCUGUAAAUUAUGCAGCCUCAUCAUAGUGCCUUGAUGAACUUGAGAAGAUCCACGACUAUGUCAAGUUAAAAAAUCAGCUCGUUUUCCCCAUCUUCUACAGAGUGUAUCCCUCAGAGUCAGAUGUGAGGUAUCAAAAAGGAAGUUAUGGUGAGGCCAUGAAUAAGCAUGAAACAAGGUACGGGAAAGACUCAGAGAAGGUGCACAAAUGGAGAUCGGCCUUGACUUACGUAGCCAACUUGAAAGGACAACAUUUCAAAUCUGAACAAGGGUAAGUAAAUGUAGUCAAUCAGUGAAUAUGUGUGUGCGCGUUGACUUCAAGUUAUGAAGUAUUUGCUACUUGUAAUUAAUUUAAGGCAAUGAUUGUUUUGUUUAUAUUGUUAUCGUCGCAUAUGUGUUUAUAUAAUUUGACAAAAUCAAUUUGAUGAUUAAUUAAAGAACACUGU